UCCCUCCCACCCUAUCCUCUCCUCCCCCUCCCCUCCGGCUCCACCGCCUGCCUCCCCGGAUCCUCCAUGCCGCGCGCGCGCGGUAACACCUCCGGGCACCUAGUAGGCUAGUAGUAGUAGUAGUGGUGGUAAAACACUAGCGGACCAGCUGCUCCGCUCUCCUCGCCAGUCUCCCUCCCGGCGUGUGGUGGCCAUAGCUUCGCUGCUUCCACUACUUGUCCUCUUGUUUCCUCAACACCCGAGGAGGCUCGCUCGCUCGCUCGGUUCUUGUCCCCGCCGCCGCCGCCGCGGCCUGCUGCUGCUGCUGCUGGCUCGGUGUUGUUCGUGCCGUCGGCUUCCAGCUCCCGCCGCUGCCGCGCUGCCUCGGCGUUUGCGAAGGCGGCACCAUGACGGCGACGCCGGCGGUGAUCGGGCUGAGCGCCGGGAACCGCCUCCUCGCCGCCUCCUUCGGCGCCGCCGACCUCGCGCCCGCGGACGCGCACCCGUCGCUGCAGUUCGCGCCCAAACUCGCCGUCGUCGCGCACUCCCGCGCCUCCGCCGCCUCCUCCCCCGCCGCCCGCGCGCGCGCGCACGCCGUCCGCGCGCUCAGGAACCACUCCGCGCCCGCGCUCGCCCCGCCUCCGCCGGCGGCGGACCCGGCCGCGCCGACCCCGGAGCUCGACGCGGACGCCGAGUUCGAGUCCUCGCUCGAGGCCAUCGUGCUGCUGCAGCGCUCCAUGCUCGAGAAGCAGUGGGAGCUGCCCUUCGAGGACGACGUCUCCGCUGCCGAGGACGAGGAGGACGAGCAGCACGAGCACGAGAAGAGCCUUGGUAGGGCCGCCGCGGUGGUGGUCGCGCGGUCCGGCAUGUCGGCGCGGCAGCGGCGGAUGAGCGGCCGGCGGCGGGGCGCCGCGGGGCGGAAGAGCGUGGCCAUCAGCCCGGAGCUGAUGCAGAGCCGGAACCGCAUCUACCUCCGGGGUACCGUCAGCAAGGAGCUCCUCACGCACAAGCAGGUCGUCCACCUCUCCAAGAAGAUCAAGGACGGCAUUUGGCUCCAGCACCAAAGAUCAAAGCUGAAGGAGAAACUGGGGAAUGAGCCGUCAUACAAGCAGUUGGCGCAAUCACUACGGAUAUCAGCCCCUGAGCUGCGCGCAAGGAUGCGUGAGUCGUUUCUUGCAAGGGAGAUGUUGACAAUGAGCAACAUCCGUUUGGUGAUAUCCAUUGCCCAGAAAUAUGAUAACCUCGGUGUCGAGUUGGCAGACCUUAUUCAGGGUGGUCUGAUUGGGCUACUCCGUGGGAUCGAAAAGUUUGAUGCAUCAAGGGGAUUUAGGAUUUCCACUUAUGUAUACUGGUGGAUUCGUCAGGGUGUUUCAAGAGCAUUGGCUGAGAAUUCAAAAACAUUCAGGCUUCCUACUUAUUUGCAUGAGAGGCUUAUCGCAAUUCGUGGUGCAAAGUAUGCAUUGGAAGACCAAGGAAUUGCUCCAACAAUCGAAAACAUCGCCGAGUCACUCAAUAUAUCGGUAAAGAAAGUACACAAUGCUACAGAGGCUGUGAACAAGGUUGUUUCACUGGAUCAACUGGCAUUUCCCUCCUUAAACGGCCUACCUGGCGAAACACUCCAUAGUUAUAUAGAGGAUGAAAACGUUGCAAACGAUCCGUGGCAUGGGUUUGAGGAGGGGUAUCUCAAGGAGGAAGUCACUAAUCUUAUCAAUUCAACUCUCAACGAGCGAGAGAGGGAUAUUAUUCGGUUAUAUCACGGCAUAGGGAAACAGUGCCAUACAUGGGAGGAUAUUAGCAGACAGUUUGGGUUGUCGAGAGAGCGUGUGAGGCAAGUAGGACUCAUCGCCAUGGAGAAGCUGAAGCAUGCUGCAAGGAGGAAACAUUUGGAUGCAUUGCUUGAGGAUUAUUGAGUUGAGAUGCUUUACAUUUGAGUCGAUUCCCACACUCAGUGGUUGUAUAUACUUGGAAACAUAGGGUACAUCAUCCUUGAAAGGCUUUACUGCCACUCAGUCUGCAGAUAAUUAUACAUGUACAUCUGUGACAAUUAAUAGGCAUAUGCGAUCAAGAAAUCUAUACCUGCACAAUGAUCAAGGCAAUCCAACAAGAAGAGAGGCGGCUUUUUUCUUGGAAGCUUCACAAAAUUUCUGUAAUAUAUGUAUAUGUAAUGUAUAAUUUAGCGCCUUAAUCAGUAGAGCAACAACAUUUAUGUCCUGGAUCUGUAUUCUUCUCCAGUUACAUAAAAAGAAAAUGCUUACAAGACUA